UGUCGCAUAAGUAAUGACAUCAAAAAUGUUGAAAGGACGAUGCAUUCUCAUCGAUGGAGGUCACAAACCGUAGAAAAUGUGAGCUAAUUUUACACCGUAUCUCCUUAAUGAACUGGCAGACUGUGUUAAAAUGAGAAAAUCUUGGCUAAUAUUGUGUCAGUUACAUCUAUCGCAUCCCCAGCAGCUGAAUCCGAGAAGAGCAUCGUAGUUUGUCAGGAUGACAACUAGACGACCAUCCCUGCCUCCCAUGCCAGACCUCAGCCAUCUAGAUGAGGCAGAGAGGAAGAUAAUUGAGGAUGUUAUCAGGAGACAACAAGAGGAGGAGGACAAAGAACAAGAUAUGAUUAGGCAAAUGAAGCUGGAUUUGGACACAUAUGCUCAGUCUGUUGGUAAAAUUUCUGAGGAGGCCAAGAAAGUUGGAGGGCCUCAACAAGACACCGGUGCAGUGUGUCAGAUAUGUCAUAAAACCAAAUUUGCUGAUGGAGUGGGACAUAGAUGUCACUACUGUCAGCUGAGGUCAUGUGCAAGAUGUGGUGGGCGCAUUGCCUUGAAACAGAAGCCGACGAAACCUGGAAUGGAAGAACCUAAACCACAAAGCUCAUCUACUGCUAGUCAUGUCUGGGCUUGCAAUAUGUGUAAGAAAAAGCAAGAAAUUUUGGCAAAGACAGGUCAGUGGUAUCACGGUGAAAUGGCAAAACCAGUGCAAUUUGAUGUUGAAACUCCGUCUGGCAGUGAAACAGUCUCAAUCAAAACUGACGUUAGCCCGCCUAACGAAAAACGAGCAAAAAUGCAUGAAAAAUACUCUGAUAGUGGACAAAGUUCAGAAAAGGAAAACAUUGAUAAGCGACCUAUUUCUCGGACAGGAAGUCAGCAUAGGGAAAAGUUUAACCGCCAGUAUUCAUUAGAUGCUCAACAAAAAAGUCAUAGUGAAUCAAAAGAGAGACUAAGUGAUAGAACCAAUGCAGGAAUGGAUAAGGAUAAGUUACGAGAAAGAGGUCAAAUUCCAGAACGUCAAGGACGUGGUCGUGAUCGUUCACCAGCUGCUCCUAGACAUCAUAGUGAAUCCAGAUUAUCCGAGACUGAUAGGAGAUAUAUGCAAGAAAGUAGGCAUAAUGAUCGUUACGGGUCGUCUCAAAGUAGAUCUCGUGAAGCAUCAACAGGUCGAGGGUCAACUGAUGAAUUGAAACAUUUCGACAAGAAGGAUAGUCAUAGAUCUGGAGAUGAAAGGGAUGGUCGACGGGACAUGUCACAUGACAAAUCUCGUCUCAGAGGUAACAAUGAGGAUAAUAUGUCUGGUAGAUCUUCUAGAGAGGGUCGUCCAAGCAGAGAUGACCAUUAUAAACAUACCACAAAUUCUUACCAAGAGUCAAACCAAGACUAUGCACAAAACAAAUGGGGAGAAUCUCAAAAUAAACAACACAUGCCUUCACACCAUAGGGACAAUGUCCAAACAGGAAAAAGUGAAAGACACCCUAGUGGUCGACAUCCACGGGAUCGGCUACCAAGUGGUGGAAAAGAUAGACGAUCCCCAACUCCGAGUGAUCGUAGAAAAGACGAUAUUUAUGAUCAACGUGUGUCUUCUUCUUCACAAAGUCUUUCCAAACACCACAAUAUACGUAUUGAGAGAACUAGUGACUCCCCAUCAUUAUUGGAAAACAAUAAUGAAAAUGUACGUUACAGUUACGACAAACAACACUUAGAUCCAAGUACUGCUGCAACUGGCAGAAACUCACAAAACAAACGUAGUCGCAAACUGGAAACUAUGUUAAGGAAUGAUUCAUUAAGUUCAGAUCCCUCAGACACGUCACGACCACCACCACCGAAACCUCAUAAAAAUAAACGAGGUAAAAAGACUCGUCAACAUUCCCUUAGUAGUUCCGAUGAUGAGAUACGAUCAACUCCAGAAUGUUCGAGUGGCGAGGAACAAGAAAGUGAAAGUAUAAUAAGUGAAAAAGGAGAGUAUGAUAUGGGUGAUGAACGAUGGAGAAAAGACGAAAUUCUUGCUGCUAAAAUCAAAAAGUUUCUGUCGCAUCCUGUCACAUGGCAAAAAUCGGCAGAUAAUCGUCGAUGGAUAGGUCACAUGAUAUUGAAAAAGACGGUAUUGGAAGGUGGCAGACAAGAUGAUUCGGGGGCCAUACUGGGUUUGAAGAUUGUUGGUGGUAGAAGGACAGAUGCAGGACAGUUUGGUGCUUUCAUUACAAAGGUCAAGAAAGGCAGCAUAGCAGAUACUGUAGGGCAUUUACGACCAGGUGAUGAAGUAGUAGAAUGGAAUGGUAGAUGUUUACAAAGAGCUACUUUUGAGGAGGUCCAUGACAUUAUCUUAGAAUCUAAACAAGAACCACAAGUAGAACUUAUAGUGCAUAGAAGUGUCAGUAAUGGUGAAGUACCACCAGGAGUGCAUGUUGACCAAAUUAAAGGAUACAAAGAAGAUUCAAAUGACAGAAAUAGACCAAAUCUAAGAGUUAUGUCCCCUGCUUCUUCAACAAGUCAGAGAAGUCAUCAGUCACCAAUGUCACUUGGAAAACUACAGCUGAAAAUGUGGUAUAACCAUAAAAGUUUUGAACUGAUAGUUACAAUCAUCUGUGCUGCUGGUCUUCCAUUUACGGAUCAAGGAAAAGUCCGUAAUCCAUACUGCAAGUUAUAUCUACUGCCAGAUAGAAGUGAAAAAAGCAAGAGAAGAACAAAAACCAUAGCAAGUACUAAUGACCCAACCUGGAAUCAAACAUUUAUGUAUUAUCCAAUAAAAGAAUCAGACUUCCGAGACCACAUCCUGGAAGUUACUGUAUGGGAUUAUAACAAACAUGGUGCUAGUCAAUUUAUGGGGGAGGUGCUUAUAGACUUGAAUACAGCCAAUAUGAUUGAUGAUCCUUAUUGGUACCAUCUAAGUCACCAUGACAACUCCAGUAUACCACUGCCACAGUCAUCUCCUAGAACAAAAUCAAGUCAAGAUCCGUAUGAUUUACGUCAUCGCCAUUUAUCUCCUCCGACCAGUUCCCGUGGCCUGAGUGACAGCGAUGUUUCAGAGUUCGACAUUGAUGACAGCAUUGGUGUAAUACCAGGUCAAGAAGAUUUAAAUGAAAGAAGCAGAGGAUCACGUAGAGGAGAAACUCUCAACAUACCUGGUGAUAAAAGUUCACGCAGGUCAAGGUCACCAGUUCCUGUAGAACCAGAACGCUCACGUCAUAGGUCAAGGUCACCUUCAGCUUUUCACCAUGUGCCUGAAAAUGUAUCUCGCUCACUCUCUCCUGCUAGAACAUCAAGUUCACCAGUUCGGCUCGUUGGAACGUCACCUUCUAGUACACCAUCACCUAAGAAACGUCAGCUACCAUCAAUACCAUUAGAGGCACAGCUCAGAAGCCGUGAUAAAGAUUUUUGGCUUAAUUUUCCAGUGACACAGGACCUUGAAAAAAGAGCGCAGCAAAUUCGCAUGAGAAUCAAACCAUCACCUGGGUCCGAUUCAGAAUCUCGUAGGGGGCGCAUUUCAGAUUCGGAGGGUUAUCGAGCAGGACGUAACUCCAGCAGUCGAGAUAGAACAAGGGGUUCAUCCUAUGACCGAGGAGAUUUUUCCUAUGAAAGGGAAAGAGGAAGAGAGUUUGCAAGAGUUCAUCCUGGAGGACACAGAUCCAAACGAAAAGAAUUCAGUCCUGAUAUUGAUGAUAUCGGCAGUGAUGCAUCUGAAACCAGUGAUAUGUCUGAAGUUUCAAAAGUCAGUAUUAACAGUUACAUGUCUACACAGUCAGAAAGACCACAAAGAAAAUUCAGUGAAUUUACCCAAAAAAUGGAGAGCAAGUCUACCACCAUGCAGCGACGACAACAGGUAGCAAGAUCUGGUAGUAAUGAUGGUCAAGGAGGGUAUGAAAAGUCUGAUGGCAGUUUGUCAGACUCUGCCUUAAGUGCACCAGUUACAGAGGGUCGAUCAAGGAGAAGAACUAGUAUUAGUAAUAAAAUGGCUAAUUUUGUCAAUCUACCGUGGAAAAGUAAUAGUGCGACUCAGCUGGCAGAGAGUAAAAAGAGAAGUAGUGUACAAAGAAGUGAGGAAGUGAGAACAUCUGGUGAUAUCCACCUCUCUAACAGGAUAUCUAAACAGGCCAGUAAAGAGUCUACUGACGGCAGUAUAGGGAGCAUCAGCAGUGACUCUGGCAGUGUUGUAUGGUUGCCUACAGGGAUGAGAUUAGGACCAGAGGGGCAAUUUGGAGAGUUUAUUGAAGGUCUGGGUCCUGCCCAGCUAGUUGGCAGGCAGGUACUAGGAUCACCAUGUCUAGGAGAGAUACAAUUAGGCCUGUAUGAUAGGAAAGGGCACCUUGAAGUUGAAGUGAUUAGGGCUAGAGGAUUGAUGUCAAAACAAGGAGCAAAGAUAUUACCAGCCCCAUAUGUAAAAGUGUAUUUGAUAGAUGGUAAGAACUGCAUAGAAAAACAGAAGACAAUAGUCGCUAGAAGGACCCUUGACCCUCUUUACCAACAACAGUUAGUGUUUACAGAACAGUAUAUUGGCAAGAUUUUACAGGUCACUGUGUGGGGAGAUUAUGGCAGAAUGGACCGUAAAGUGUUCAUGGGAGUGGCACAAAUUCUACUGGACCACUUAGACUUAACAAACAUUGUGAUUGGCUGGUACAAGUUGUUUACUAGCUCCUCAUUGGUUGGUCAUCACUCAUCAACAUCAACGUUAGGACAUUCACGUAAAGGCUCAACUACUUCACUCGACAGUGGAUAUAAUAAUAAUAAUCUGCGAUCGUAGUAUUUAUACAUAUUAGAAAUUUCCUUUUUUACUUAUACAACAUAAUUCAAAUUUAGACUUUAUACGUAACUUUUGAUUUCAUCAAGCAUUAUAUAUACUUAUCUUCAUCACCAUGACACAUGUGUUAACAUGAUCAAUUUAUCAUAACUUUUAAAUCUAAAUACUGUGGAUUCAUUUUGUCUUUUUGUAGGUACCAGUUUACUGUUUCAGGAAAAAAUGUAGUUUGUGGAUACUUAAUUUCGUUGUUUCCAAAUUUUUUUAAUACAAGCCUUUAGGAUGUACUUGGGUGAAAUUAAUAAAAAAUCUAGAAUUUAAAAUCGACACUAUGUCAGAAGAGCAUUUGUUAAGGAACAAAAUUAGUUAAAAUAUUUAUAGGUUAUGGAGCUCCUUUUCUAGAUAUUUAUUUUUUAUACGACCGCAAAAAAAAUUUUGUGGUCGUAUAUUGGUAUGACGUUGGCGUUGUUUUUGUCGUCCGAAGACACAUUGGUUUUCGCACUCUAACUUUAGUUUAAGUGAAUGGAUCUCUAUGAAAUUUUACCAUAAGGUUCAAUACCACAUAAGGAAGGUUGAGAUUGAUUUUGGGGGUUAUGGUAUUAACAGUUAAGGAAUUAGGGGCCAAAAAUAAGCAUUUUUGUAACUUCCAGACAUAACUUGUGUGUUAGUGUAUGGAUCUCUCUGACAUUGUACGAUAAGGUUCCAUAUCACAAAGGGAAUGCUGGGAUGGAUUUUGGGGGUAAUUGCCUGCAAAUUUUAGGAAUUAGGGGCCAAAAAAGGGGCAAAAACAAGCAUUUUUCUAGUUUCAUGACAAUAACUUGUGUGUAAGUGUAUGGAUCUUUAUGGAAUUGUACUACAAGGUUCCAUAUCACAAAAGGAAAGCUGGAAUUGAGUUUGGGAGUAAUUGCCCAAAACGUUUAGGAAAAAGGGACCAAAAAGGGGCCAAAAAUUUUCUAUUACCAGACAAUAACUUGUGUUCCAGUGUAUGGAUCUCUCUGAAAUUGUACUGCAAGGUACCAUACCACAAAGAGAAGGCUGGGAUUAAUUUUGGGGGUAAUUGCAUCAAAAAUUUUAGGAAUUAGGGGCCAAAGGGACAAAAAACAAGCAUUUUUCUAGUUUCAGGACAAUAACUUGUGUGUAAGUGUAUUGAUCUUUAUGAAAUUGUACUACAAGGUUCCAUAUCACAAAGGAAAAGCUAAGAUUGAGUUUGGGGGUAAUUUCCCUAAACGUUUCGGAAUUUGGGGCCAAAAAGGGGCCAAAAAACAAGCAUUUUUCUAGUUUCCAGACAAUAACUUGUGUUCAAGUGUAUGGAUCUCUCUGAAAUUGUACUGCAAGGUACCAUACCUCAAAGGGAAGGCUAGGAUUGAUUUUGGGGGUAAUUGCCUGAAAAUUUUAGGAAUUAGGGGCCAAAAAGGGGGGAAAAAAAGCAUUUUUCUAGUUUCAGGACAAUAACUUGUGUGUAAGUUUAUGGAUCUUUAUGAAAUUGUACUACAAGGUUCCAUAUCACAAAGGAAAAGCUGGGUUUGAGUUUGGGGGUAAUUGCCCUAAACGUUUAGGAAUUUGGGGCCAAAAAGGGGCCAAAAAACAAGCAUUUUUCUAGUUUCCAGACAAUAACUUGUGUUCAAGUGUAUGGAUCUCUCUAAAAUUGUACUGCAAGGUACCAUACCACGAAUGGAAGGCUGGGAUUUAGUUUGGGGAUGAUGAAUCAUAAGGGGGUUCAAAAAAUUUUUUUUGGGGGGGGAUUUUUGUUCUUUAAAAUUUUCCAUUUUAAAUUGGUUAAUUUUGAUUUAUAUAUAAAAGCAAAUAAUAACGAUAUGGUUUGAAUAGGUAAAUUAAAUUUUUUUAAGUUCUUAGACCACAUUCAUUCUGUGUCAGAAACCUAUGCUGUGUCAAAUAUUUAAUCACAAUCCAAAUUCAGUGCUGUAUCAAGCUUGAAUGUUGUGUCCAUACUUGCCCCAACUGUUCAGGGUUCGACCUUUGCGGUCGUAUCAAGCUGUGCCCAGCAGAGCAUUUUAUUUUAAAUUGGCGGGAAAAGGCUGACUCAGACUUUUACCUUAAAUUUGCUUUUGUAUUAUUUGGGUCUCAAAUCGAAAGAUAAGAAAUCUUGAAUCUGCCUAAAUUUUGGCAAAUGACCUUUUACGAGUUAUUAAAGAUUUAUAUGAAAAGAAAAAUGGAUGUUAUGGGGCAAAAUAUUGCGCCCUAUAUCUUAGGAAAAAAAUGAAGGAGUCUGAACAUCCUAAAAAUUCCUAAACCUGACCUAAGUACAUCCUUAAGGAAAUUUGAUCUGAAAAGUUGAGUUUGUGGUUUAUCUAUACCCAUGAUAUUUUGUACCACAAUAAUAAUAAUGAAUACACAGUUACAGGUAGUUUAAUGUUUUUAUUUAUUGAUUGUUUUACAUUCAACCUUUUCUUUGGCUUAUCUUUGAUCAGUUAAGAAUUUUCUUUUCUUUUUAUUUUUAAAUAGUUUUCACAGAAUGAAUUUUCAUUUUCUAAAGCCUUAAACUUUUUUAAUCACUGCUUGAGAUGUCGAAAGUUAUGCAAUUUCACAUAAUUCUAUGAUUAGCUCUAAGCACAUUGUACUCUUAAGAUUUAUUCACAUUCUAAAUCCUAUUAGUUGUUUUAAUUCUGACUUUUUGUGUAGCAUUAAAAAAUUAAGCAGUUAAGUAUAUAAGUAAAUGGUUAUAUAUUUUAUGUAGGGCUUUUCUGGAAAUGAAUGGGGAUUUCAAUAGACAGUAUUACAUUUGAUGGAAGGGGACUUCAGAAAAAAAUAGCUAAUGAAAUGCUAACUGUUAUCCACAAACGUUCAAAAGGGGUGGGGAGGUGGUAGAGUUCUAUUUGGCCAAAAGGAGUUUUCAGCCGAUUUUUCAGUGAUUAUAAUAUGAUUAAGAAAAUCUUCAAACCCUUUGUGGAUCCGCCUGUAAAGUAAAGUUGAAAGUUUUAUACAUGGUUUGAUGAAACAGAUUGUGCCCUCUGACCCCUAAGUUUAUUUUCUGAACAGCCCAUUUUAAAAAAAAACCUUUUUUUUUAAAUAUUUUUUGUACAUUGUGACCUCUUCUGAUUAUUUCAGUUGUUGCAUACAAAUUUUUUUUCUGAUGCAGUUUUUUUCUCUAAAAUAUGUUAGAAAUUAGAAAGGAUCAGUACAAGUAGUUAUCAUAUUAUUAUAGUGCAUUGUGGGAAAAAAAGCCGGAUAAUAAGAGGCAUGCUAAUUUUACUUGUUUCACACUAAGCAUUAAAAAUUGAAGAGUUAGUUGAAUUUUAUAUAUAAAUUGUCUAAAUACUCAUAAGAUAUUUUAGAACAAUCAUGUUCCAUAAAAUUUUAUUGAGAAUAUUUCUGUGUUUUAAUAAGUCAGCUUUUCUACAUUAUUGCUGUUAUAAAAUUUGGCUUUAGAGGAUAUUAGGAGCUACAAAUAAAUUCCUUUGUAUAUGAACUGUUUAGCAUAGCUUUACAUUCAAUAGAAUUUUGGUUUUGAUUUGGAUUCUUAGACUUCUUUUUUAUUGUUUUGAUUGAUAAUCAAAAUUUAUCAAAAUAGAUGAAACAAAAUUUGCAGGUUUGAGCCCUUUUAAAGCAUUUAUAAUUUGUUACUGUUACAAUAUAAUAUAUCAUUAUAAAAUUGUAAGAAAUUCAAAAUUGGGCAUGUAGUAUUGUUAGAUUAUU